CUGGUGUCGCGCGCGAUGCACCACCUGCAGCCGCUGCACAUCCAGAGCCCCAGUAACGGGACUCCGCUGCACCAGAAGCCCCCGGCGGUGCACUGGGAGCCCGAGGCGCUCUACACGCUCUGCUACUUCAUGCACUGCCCCCAGAUGGAGUGGGAGAACCCCAACGUGGAGCCGUCCAAGGUCACGCUGCAGACCGAGAGGCCGUUCCUGGUACUGCCGCCGCUGAUGGAGUGGAUCCGCGCGGCGGUGGCGCAUGCAGAGCACCGGCGCAGCUUCUCUGUGGACAGCGACGACGUGCGGCAGGCCGCCCGCCUGCUCCUGCCGGGGGUGGACUGCGAGCCGCGCCAGCUCAGGACGGACGACUGCUUCAGCGCUUCGCGCAAGCUGGACGCCGCGUCCACGGAGGCCAAGUUCCUGCAGGACCUGGGGUUCCGCAUGCUCAACUGCGGCCGCACCGACCUGGUGAAGCAGGCCGUCAGCCUGCUGGGGCCCGACGGCAUCAACAGCAUGAGCGAACAGGGGAUGACCCCGCUCAUGUACGCGUGCGUGCGAGGAGAUGAGGCCAUGGUGCAGAUGCUGCUGGAUGCGGGAGCGGGCAUCAACAGUGAGGUGCCAAACACAGUACACAAGUACCCCUCAGUUUAUCCCGAAACGCGCCAGGGGACCCCUCUCACAUUCGCUGUGUUACACGGACACGUCCCUGUCGUGCAGCUGCUGCUGGACGCCCGGGCCAAUGUGGAGGGCUCUUUGCAGGACGGGGCUGAGAACUACUCCGAAACUCCUCUACAGUUAGCCUCCGCUGCAGGGAACUUUGAGCUGGUGAGCCUGCUGCUGGAGCGGGGGGCCGACCCCAUGAUCGGGACCAUGUACCGAAACGGCAUCUCCAGCGCCCCCCAGGGGGACAUGAACUCCUUCAGCCUGGCAGCCGCACACGGACACAGGAACGUGUUCCGGAAGCUGCUGUCCCAGGCGGAGAAGGGGAAGGGGGACGUGCUGUCCCUGGAGGAGAUCCUGGCCGAGGGCUCCGAGCUGGGGGGCGCACGCCCCCCCCAGCUCGACACGGCCCGCACAGGCAAGGCCAAACUGCGAGCCCUGCGAGAGGCCAUGUACCACAGCGCCGAGCAUGGCCACGUGGACAUCACCAUCGACAUCCGCAGCCUGGGUGUGCCCUGGACGCUGCACACCUGGCUGGAGUCCCUGCGCACCUGCUUCCUGCAGCACCGCCGGCCUCUGAUCCAGGGCCUGCUGAAGGAGUUCAGCUGCAUCCAGGAGGAGGAGUACACCGAGGAGCUCAUCACCCACGGCCUGCCCCUGCUCUUCCAGAUCCUCCAGGCCAGCAAGAACGAGGUGAUCAGCCAGCAGCUCUCAGUGAUCUUCACCCAGUGCUACGGGCCCUACCCUAUUCCAAAGCUGACCGAAAUUAAGAGGAAGCAGACGUCCCGUUUAGAUCCCCACUUCCUGAACAACAAGGAGAUGUCUGACGUGACCUUCCUGGUGGAAGGGAAGCCUUUCUACGCCCACAAGGUUCUGCUCUUUACCGCCUCCAACAGGUUUAAGCUGCUCCUCUCAAACAGACCUGCUGCGGAAAACACCUGCAUUGAAAUCAGCCACGUCAAGUACAACAUAUUCCAGCUGGUGAUGCAGUAUCUGUACUGUGGAGGAACAGAAUCACUGCACAUUAGGAACACAGAGAUUAUGGAGCUUCUUUCUGCUGCUAAAUUCUUCCAACUGGAAGCCCUCCAGAGACACUGUGAGAUCAUCUGCUCCAAGAACAUCAACACUGAGACCUGUGUGGAGAUAUACAACCACGCCAAGUUCCUGGGGGCGAGUGAGCUUGCGGCCUAUAUUGAAGGCUACUUCCUGAAGAACAUGGUGGUGCUGAUUGAGGUGGAGGCCUUCAAACAGCUGCUGUACGACAUCCCGGUGGAGGCGCCCGUGACCAGCGUCCUGCAGGACCUGGAGAAGACCCUGGCCACCCGCAUCCAGUCCAUACACCUGUCCUCCUCCAAGGGCUCCAUAGUGUGAGCUGGAGCCCGGACCCGGAUUGGAGCUGAGCUGGAGCUGGAGCUGAGCUGGAGCUGGAGCCAGACCGACGCACAGCAUUCCCACAGCCGACCCAUCUCCUCCAGGGACACAUGCAUUCCGCAGGCCCCAGUAGCGCCCAUGCACUGGUGCGGGAAUGCUGUAGGAAUGUUGUGGGAAUGCUAUGGGAACGCUGUGGGAAUGCUAUGCAGCUCAGAUCGGCUAUGAAAAAAAAAACACAGAACUCUUAUCCAUUUGCUUCCUGAUCUGUCGCCAAGGCAUAUUCCAAACGAUCCCCAUCAGGCCACGAGACCAUCCGCUUGGCUGUGUACUCGGGCGACAUCUUCUGUUUUUUUGUUCGUUUUGUUAGUCUGUUUGUUUUCAUUGUUUAUACUGUAUUGCCAGUGUUUCAGUGGCGUUUUACUUCAUGGAGAUUGGCCAAACUAACAAUAUGCAGAACUGGUACAUGCUAAUCAAGGUCAUGUAUCGAGUCAGUGACAUAAAUGUCUAAACUUCACCAAUUGGUGGAGGAGCUGUUGCUGGCGAGUGACUGGAGGGCCUCAACACGGACUGCAAAGAUGUUUUUUAAUUGCCUGUUGUAAAACGGUUAGGGUGCCCCUGCAGAGAAGAGUUCCUGAUUGACAGGAAGCAGGGAAAAGUUAUCGGACUGAAGUUUUUUUCUGCACGAGUCCACAGUAGCCAGUUUUUAGCAGCUGUGACCAUGUUGUGUCCUGACUCUUUUGACACCUCAGUGUGACAUCAUACCCACUCUUUGUGACAUCACAGUGCAUGUGAAAACUUUUGAUACCUUUUAUCCUGCUCAGCCAAUUCAUUUCUCAGCUUAAGCCCAUUCUUUCCCACUGUGGUUACACAGAUGACUGUCAGAGACUCCUGGGAACAUUCAGCAUGCUGUACUCUCUUACUGUUAAUUCUGGGAGGUUGCUGAGGCUCCUUAGCACCUCUUUGUGACGUAUUAAUUUGCCUGAGUAGGUAAAGAUGCCAAACAUUGUACAAGACAUUGCUAACCUGCUUGCUUGGCUGUGGUGAAAAUUGUGUCCAAGUGAACAGCACGCUCCUGUAUCCCCCAUUUUGUUUUAGAGUACUGGCACCAUGCGUCCGUGUUUUAACCCCCCCCCCCAAAGCUGAGCUAGCGUACAGUGUGCCACGCACAGUAGCCCUCUGAUGGUGGAACCCCCCCCCCCUUUGCGGCAAGAUCCAGAGUUAUAACCCAGCAGGUUUCACUCUCAUGCACUAAUCGUUCCCCAGAUCAGUCUCUGAGUUCAGUGUGCCAGUUUCCUGUAGUUUCGCUGUGUCACGUGUACUCAGACACCUUCAGCGCGCAGGGCUGUCCGUGCGAGGAAGGCUGGGCCCUUUAUAAUAUUUAUAAAGCAGGGGGCUCAGAUGCAGAGGGACCCCACCUGAGAGGAGUGUGACCCAGCGCCAGCAGGAAGGAGGUGUAAAUAUUUGGUAUAAAUCAGAAGCGUGGUUCCUGUGAGCUCACCUGUACAUACGCGCCUGCUUCCUGCUUCCUGCUUCCUGGUUGCUGAUGCUGCUGCUGUACAAAGCUGUGCUCUCACCCUGCGCCAGACCCCCACUGGAUGUUACCUGUGUGAUCUUUGCUCGUCUGUUUCUAGAUUUGUCCGUCUGUCAGCCAUACCAAUUCUGAGAAGGUGGCGUAAUGCUGUCUAUUAAAAAAGAAAAAAAAGAAACAGUCUUGGUACUGCCAACCUGAGUCCCUCACUGUCUCAGCACAGCAUGAACUCCAGAUGUUUAGAGGGGGCGCCUGACUCACUUGGACAGGCUGUGUGGAUUAAUGCUGUGAUGAUCAUCGUUUCCAGACAUUGUGAACUCACAUGUAGAUAACUGUAUGAUAUGUAUGACUGAAUAUGUAUGUCCACUAUAUAGAUACCAUAUAUUUAUAUCUGUUUCCAUGGAAAUCCCAAUCUUAUAUAUAUAAAACAUUGUGGGGUGUCUUGAAUUGCAAAUUACAAGAAUAUAAAAGAAGUUUUGAGCAACA